AUGAAUAAUAAUAAUAGUGUUGUUUAAUUUGAAAUUGAUCAUCCAAUAUCAAGAUUAGUUAGAUUUGAACGAGUAUUUUAAAGGACCUCGAUUUGCAUAUUGAUAGCAUAUGUUUUGAUAUCAGUAAGAUUACGAAUAAUGAUUUUUAGAUCUAUUACACAAUGAAUUUCAGCUAUUCAAUUUAUUACAUGUCAAAAUUAGGAUGUUAGAAGAUACGUAUACUAUACUUACUAAAUAUAAUCAGUGACAUACUUUUUUGGGCAGCUACAGCUAUUUUAUAUUUAGCUAUUAAAUACACUUCAAUUAGACGAUUCCAAAAAUACAAUUAUACAAUUUAUGCAUUAAUAAUAAUACGAUUGGCUUAUGCUUUCAAUCUCUUAAUUAUGGAAGAAGGAUUAACAGAAGAAGAUGCAACAGAUUGUAAAUUUACAAGUCACGAAAAAAUUAAGAAAAUAUUAUUUUAUCUUGUUGAAAACUUGUUCUAUGUGAUCACAGUUGGUACUGUCCAUUACUUGAUUUCAAUUCUCACAAGUAUUCCUUUAAAAUGAAAUUAGACAUCAAGGAAUAACCCAAGGAUUUGCUUACUAACGACGUUAAAGAAUCACUCAUUAUAUGA